GCUCAUCUGGGGCACCUGUGGGCUUACCUGGGGCACACCUGGGCGCCCCCUUACCUGUGCCCACCUGGCCAGGGGCAGUGCCAGUGGCGGCAGCCGCCGGGGCGGGAGAUUUACCGCAAGAGCAACAUCUCCGUCUACGAGGUGGACGGGAAGGACCACAAGAUCUACUGCCAGAACCUGUGCCUGCUGGCCAAGCUCUUCCUGGACCACAAGACCCUUUACUUCGACGUGGAGCCCUUCGUGUUCUACCUGCUCACCGAGGUGGAUCGGCACGGCGCCCACAUCGUGGGCUACUUCUCCAAGGUGGGCGCUCACCUGGGGCACCUGGGGCACCUCU